GCCAGAAAUAUUUUGGUGUUUUCAAAAUACAAAGUCAAGAUUUCUGAUUUUGGCUUGAGUCGAGCCUUAGGAGUUGGAAAAGACUAUUAUCAAACUAAUUUUAAUGUUAAUUUAAAAUUACCAAUAGCAUGGUGUGCUCCAGAGUGUAUAAGUUAUUUAAGGUUACAUCAGCCUCCGAUGUCUGGGCUUAUGCGGUUACACUCUGGGAAAUGUUCUCUUAUGGAUUUCAACCGUGGGCAGCACUCACUGGACAUCAGAUAUUACAAGCCAUCGAUGAACCAAAUUAUCAGCGUUUAGAGCAACCAGAAUGCUGCCCCAAAGAAUAUUACUCCCUGAUGAUGAAAUGCUGGCAGCACGACCCUCUCGACAGACCGAGUUUUGCAGAAAUUCUAUCCUAUUUACCAGAAUGCAAACCUGAAAGAGUCCAGGCUAUCGUAAACACUGUAUCUAACCUGAACGUGAACUGCAAUAUGGGGAUGCUUGGAGACAUGAAGAGCAAUCAGAACAGACUUCAGUAUCGGGCUGGGGAUAUUAUCACUGUCUUGGACAAAGUUACUCAUUCUCCGUUAUGGAGAGGUGUUCUGGACAGCAGUGGACGUGGAGGUCUUUUCGACCCUGCGACUACUGUCACAUAUGUAGGACCUUUGCCGAAUUCAGGAAAUCUUGCAUCUUCUGUGACCAGUGGCUCUGGUCAAGGAGGUAUCAGUCGGACUCCUCAAACUGGGAACAGGAAUAACAAUAAUGGAGCUUUUCAUAGGUAG